UCCUGUUUCGUUCGUCAUUCGCGUUGUUUGAUCGUGGUAAUUUUGUAGCCUGUCAACUACGUCAGUCACGCGAUCGCGCGCGACGGGAAUGUUUUGCUGUUACGAGCAUCGCCCGUAUCUACGAGUCGCGUAUCGAUCACGAUGUGACUACGAUCUCUCGAUCCCCGAGGGAAACGCGUGCAAAGACCGUCGCUCCGUCGUCGAUCCGCAACGAACGACGCUCCACCGGCUCGCGCGCUAAAUGGCAAAGCGACAGAUCUUGCGAAGCCUCAUCGAGCCGAUGUGAAUUCGGAUUAAGAGUCUCAGGCACGACUGUGAUUCGACUGUGGUGCAUUGAAACGCUAGAUGUCGAGGUAAGCAUUGUGUAAUAUCUAAAGAAUAUUUUUGGAAACUGGUAAUUCGAUUCAUCUCGAUGCGUUGUAGGAUGCAUUCCGGAGAAGACGAUGAAACUGACAGAAGAGGCAUUAACAGUGGCAGUCAUGUAACGGGGUCGUAAACAGGAUUUACUCUGUGAUGGAGGACUACACACCAAUUGACGAGGAUUUCCCAGGCCGGUUGUUGCACCAAGCAGCGCUUUGGGACAAUGCCGAGCUGCUGGAGGAUUUGUUGCGCGGUGAGCACGCGCAAUAUAUCAACAGCAAGGACUCAUGGGGCAGAACACCGAUGCAUGCAGCCGCGAUCACGGAGAACUCCCGUUGCCUAGAUGUUUUGCUGAUUGCUGGAGCUGAUCCGAAUGUCACCUGCGGCCCUCGCGGUCACCAUCGGACGCCGCUGCACGUUUGCGCGGAACACGGCCACGCUGGCAACGUGGAGAAGCUGCUGAACUUCGAUGCGGAUCUCAUGAUCCGCGAUGACGACGGCCUGAAGCCGCUCGACAUUGCCGAAAAGAGCGGACAUGACUCUUGCAUCCAUCUCCUGAAAGCGGCGGCCGAGAAGUAUGAGCUUGCAAAACAGGCGACCCAUGCUUCUCUGCGCGCGGCCUGCAUUCAAGGCGAUACUGUGGCUGCCCGGAACAUCAUUCAGGGUCUGUCGACCGAUCUGGAAUGCGUGGUGAACAUGGCACCGAACGGCGCCAAUACAUUGCUCUUUGUCGCCUGCGAGAGCGGCCACAAGGACAUCGUUCGGUUGCUGUUGGAUCACGGUGCCGACUGUAGAAGUCAUCCGGUCACCAAGUACUGUCCGCUCUAUAUAGCUUGUUAUCACGGCAAAGUGGAAAUCGUUGAGUUGCUGCUUCGGCAUUUUCCCAAGCAGGCACAACAGCUUACAGUGGAGCGCUGGCUGCCGAUUCAUGCCGCGACGAUAAACGGCCAUCAUCUAGUAAUCGACUUGCUACUCAAAUUCGAAUAUCCGCAGCACGUCUAUCAGCGCUAUAGGGAUCCGUCCGGGGAAUUCGAAUAUGAACUACCUUUUGACAUAAACGCGAAAGAUGUCACCGGUCAGCACGCACUCUACAUAGCCAGCAUGCUGGGUAACGUCAAAUGUGUUGAGUUGCUCCUAGGUUAUCGGGUGAAGGCGAGGACAACCAAAGAGGAGGAUGGCGUAGGUGGUGCGCAGCAGCUCCCAGUAUCAAAGCGCAAAAUCUCUAGUGGUAUUCAGAGACUGAUGUCGUCGCUGAAUUUUCGCAGCAAGACACCCACCGACAAGAAGGAUGAUAAAAUGAUAUAUCCGGUGAAUCUGGAUCUCUAUUGCAAUAACGACAGCGAAACGGCAUUGCAUGCGGCUGUCAGGGGUAGGCAUACCGAUGUGGUGAACGCUCUCCUGCAAGCAGGCGCCAAUCUCGAACUGCCAGUCAAAGUUCCAUACGAUCAGAACGAUCCCGACGGCAGUUAUUCAAGUGUGCUGACGAUCGCGUGUCAGAAUCGCGACGUGAAGAUUGCGGAUCUGCUGCUGAAGCACGGCGCCGUUGACAAUGAGUGCAAGGCACUAAAGAUCGCCGCGCAGAAUCGCGACGAGGCGCUCACCGCGAAACUAUUAUCGAUCAAGGCGCACCCGGACUCCGAAUAUAAGAUCAAUAAGAAAGCAAUGACCGAGUGCACGCAGAGUUCGCACUUUUCUGCUCUGUCGUCCUUUGGUCAUGUCACUUACUCCGCGCUAUUUCCCAAAACACCCACGAUGAUCAACUGGCACAACCAGCAGUGUCAUCUUUCGCAAAUUCGGCUGCAGUGGUUGAUCGACGCGGUACUGCACGUCAACAAGAAGCUGAGUCCGAAGAACAAUGAUCUGGUGUUGUACGCCAUUACGCGAGUUGACAUCUCCCAUAACUCCAUCACCUCCGUACCGUCCACCAUGUUCUACUUGCAAAGUCUGCGAUAUCUUAACAUGGCACAAAACAAAAUCGACACCCUCACGGCCGAUUCGAAAAAUCCGAAGGACAAAUUGUGCCCGGUUCUGGAAGAGAUGUACCUACAAGACAAUCGACUAGAGCAAUUACCGGAAUUCAUCAUGAAUUUACCGGCGCUUGAAAUUAUGGACGUGUCCAAUAACAAGCUGCAAUGUCUGCCGCAAAAUCUAUGGCGCGCACCCAAGCUAAAGGAACUGAACGCAUCAUUCAAUCUGCUGCGUGAUCUGCCCAGCCAGGCAUCGCAGAACAUCCUGAGGAAGCCGCAACGCGGCGACGAGGCGCAGUCAAACGGUAUCAACUUCCGCGGGCUCUCGGCUGUGCCGCGAAUAGAAUCCAUGGAAUUCGACUCAUUCACAAAAAUCGCAAAUGCGCAGGUGAUCGAAAUGGAACGGCCGCAUGUGUGGACCAGCUCCGUCCAAGUGUCAGAGAGAAUGAGCGACGAUACAGAGAACGGCAACAAGUCGGUGCUGGCGUCGUUGAAUCUAGCGCACAACCUCUUCAACAGCAUUCCUGUGGCGUUACCAUGCUUGGCGGUAAGCCUGAUGCGACUGAAUAUGGCGUACAACUCGCUACGUUCGAUGAGUCAUAUUACUUCGUAUCCGGCGAGCCUAAAACAACUAGAUCUGUCGAACAAUCAGAUUUCGCGGUGGCCCAGUCUGCCCCAAGUCGACAGUUCCGACAGCAUGGAACAAGCGAACACGGCCUGUUAUUGUCCGACUGUGAAUGCGCAAUCGCCUGGUAUCGUGCCCAGCAAUCGGCAGACGCCCGCGUCAAUGCGUGACAUUGUACUGCAAUCGGUGUGCGUGCACAGACGGCAUCUGCGACUUGAGAACUUACGUACUCUGAUCCUAGCGAGCAAUCUAUUAAAUCGCAUCCAGCUGACAUCGUAUGACGAUGGCGAGAUGCCGUGUUUGGAAGAAGAACGCGGAGAUCCAGAUAGGGAUUCGAAGAUCGGACACUCCAGCUCAAAACCGUACUUGCUCUUUCCUAACGUCAGUAUGUUGGACAUCAGCAAUAAUCAACUGCGCGAGAUACCGCACAAUAUCUAUGAGCUGAAUAAUCUGUCGGUGCUAAACAUUAGUGGUAAUAACGAAAUUGUCGAGUUGCCACCGCAAAUGGGUCUGCUAGGCCGUUUGUGGAAUUUAAAUACUCAGGGUUGUCGACUGCAAGAGCCGCUUAAAUCGAUGAUUGAAUCAAAGAAAUACAAGACCAUGGACGUUAUUGGUUAUCUGAAGUCGAUCCUGGAGGACGCAAAGGCGUACGCGCGCAUGAAAUUGAUGAUCGUUGGUAUUCAAGGCAUCGGCAAGACGAGUCUGCUGGAGCAAUUACGGCAGGAGGGUGAGGUGCCGAACAAAAAGAAGGCAUCCGAGCACUGGGCUAAGCGGAUGGGUAAUAAGAAUAUCAACGCAAAAACCGCCAAGGGUAUGACGAUCUCGACGGUGGGUGUGGAUAUCGGCGAUUGGAUUUAUGAGAAAAAAGUACGCGGACAAUCCUCCCAUGGACCGGUCUAUUUCAGGACUUGGGACUUUGGUGGUCAGCGCGAAUACUACGCAACGCAUCAAUAUUUCCUGUCGAAGCGCAGCCUGUAUCUCGUCGUAUGGCGGAUCACGGAUGGUUUCAAAGGCGUUUCCGAGAUCUUUCAAUGGCUGGUAAACAUUCAAAGCAGAGCGCCUAACUCGCCAGUCAUCAUCGUUGGCACACAUUACGACAUCUCCUACGAGCAUAGCGAAGGUCUGCAACAGUAUAUACGUGACAAGUUUAUUAACGUGGUCGAUGCCGAAAAGUGUGGUCUGCCCAAAGUUAUGGAGACGAUCGAAGUGAGUUGCAAAACGCGCCACAACAUCAAGAUGCUGUGCAACCUCAUCUAUGAUGUUGUCUUUAGCUUGAGAUCCCCCGGCAGCAAGGAACUGUUGUUGGAACAGAAAGUUCCGGCGAGUUAUUUGGCGUUGGAGGAUGUGGUAAUCCAACUGGCGCACGAUAGAAAGCUAUCCGGUUUGGAUCCGGUUCUGAAAGCCGACCAGUAUUACGCAGCGGUAAACAAUGAGCUUCAGAAACUGCACAGAUCUUUCAGAGAUCCGGCCGAGUUACAUCAGGCGACACUAUUCCUUCACGAGAACGGCAUAAUCCUACACUACGAUGACGCCACGUUGAAGGAUCUCUAUUUCUUGGAUCCGCAAUGGCUCUGUGAUAUGUUGGCUCACGUGGUCACCAUACGGGAAAUCAAUCCAUUUGCUAGAUCGGGUAUAAUGAAAUUGGACGAUAUCCAGCAUGUAUUCAAAUCAUCCACGAUAUCGUCAAUCGACACUCAGGGCUAUAUUGUCAGUUUGCUCAAUAAGUUUGAAGUUGCUUUGACAUGGGACUGCCGCACGCUGCUGAUACCGUCCCUCCUCCCAACCGAAGAGGAUAUUCUGCGUAACAAUCAAAUCAUCAAGGUACCGGUGAAGACACGUGGUUGGCACGUGCGUGCGAAGAAAAUCACAUCGCCCAUGUUUGCGUAUCUGGGUGCGCCGACCGGUGACAAUAAAAACAACGCCGAGUGUGUGCUCACAUCCAGAUCACAGCCCGAUUGUUCCGUUACCAGACUGUUGCUUAUGUCGUAUUUUCCCAGUGGCUUCUGGUCCCGACUGAUCACCCGCAUUCUCGCAGAUGAUGCCAUCGUCGACAUUGUCAUGUCGUUCCUGGCGCCAUUCAAGGAUUUUGUUGAUGACAAUAUUUUCGCUAGUCUGUUGGACCUGCAGGCCGAAUGGGUGCUCUGGCAGACAGGAAUCGAGCUGCGAUAUUCUGGCAUUACGUUGUUACGUCUAAAGGAAGUUUAUUAUAAUCUGAAGAAUUCGCCGUACGAUUACAGACAGUUUAAAUUCAAAUUGAAACAAGAUGGUAUUUGGUGCACAGUGGACCUGAAGAAUUCCGCCAUUCUAGAGAUCUGGUUUCCAGUGGAUACUCUAGUAAUCAAACAGCCUAUCAUGUCUGAUUCCGUGGAUGAAGAACCGAUGGGCUAUCAAGCGAUUGUGGUGGAGCCACGACCGGAGAGCAUGCCACAAUUAAUGGCGCUGAUUGUUGAUCACAUCGACAUCCUAUUAGAAGACUGGUAUCCGACGCUGGGCACACGUUUCGUCCACACUUCAGAGGGUAAAUUGCUAGUCACAAGAUUAAUACCAUGUCCACGCUGUUUGCUUGGCAACACCGAGAACGGCGAUGGUGAGUCGAGUGAUAGCGAUGGUCGCUUGAUUGAGGACAUUCAGAAGUACUGCGCCGUGAAUCGUACUGAGAGACAGAGUCAGGACAGCUAUAAAUCUGAUGGCGACAGUGGCGUCGGUUAUGACAGUCUGACAUCCAGUAGGAUGCCGUCGCUCGAAGGACAUCCGGACAUGUCAAGGCAACAGAGUUCCACACAUCCUGAGAGUACCUUAGCAUACUCCUGGAUGGUAGAAGAGUGCAUAUUGGCAGCAUACAGCAAUAAACCUAUCAGUUGCCCAAGACACUCGGAAAUCCCACUGUCGCAUGUCGCACCGGACAUCAUCUUCAUGGAUCUAGGUGUCAAGCAUCUGAUCAAAUCGGAUGACUUGAAGCGGGGCAAACUGCUGGGCCGUGGCGCUUUUGGCUUCGUCUUUCGUGGCAGCUGCCGAUUGCCUGGCACGCAUGUCCGCGCCGAUGUGGCUAUUAAAAUGCUGCAACCGGUCUCGCCGGGCCCAAACUCCACGCAGUCGGCGAUUUUGGCGUACAAGGCGUCGCAGAGCAAAUGGGACCGCGACCCGUUACAGUAUGCCUGCAAGGCGUACUGCAUGGCACGUCAGGAACUCAAUAUCCUGCUGACACUUAGGCACGCCAAUAUCGUACCACUGAUCGGUAUAGUCGUUAGUCCUUUGGCUCUCGUGUUGGACCUGGCGCCUCAGGGUGCGCUGGACGGCGUUCUGAAGAAUUAUCGUCGCUCUGGGGCCAAACUGGAUCCCUAUACGCUUCAGGCGAUAAUUCUUCAGGUUGCCAAGGCAGUGGAGUACCUACAUCAGCAGCAUGUCAUUUACCGCGAUCUCAAAUCGGAAAACGUGCUGGUGUGGCAGAUGCCGUUGCCGUUUCAAGAAAAUCCGGACCCGGUGCAUGUCAAGGUUGCCGACUACGGUAUCUCGAGGCUGACGUUGCCUACAGGAGCGAAGGGUUUCGGCGGCACAGAGGGCUUCAUGGCGCCCGAGAUCAUCAGGUACAACGGCGAAGAGGAGUACACGGAGAAAGUGGACUCAUUCUCGUUCGGCAUGUUUAUCUAUGAGCUUAUCACGUUGCGCCAGCCGUUCGAAGGCCACGAAGCAGUGAAAGAGUGUAUUCUGGAGGGCGGUAGACCACCACUCAUGUAUCGCGAGACUUUCCAUCCGUGCUACGCGCUCGAUCUGAUGGUGAUAUGCUGGGCGCAGAAUCCGAAGGAUCGGCCAACCGCUAGUCAGAUCGUCUCAAUCGCCUCCGCGCCCGAAUUCACGCAUUUGAUAGAUGUCACUCUAUUGACAGAACGCACACAAGUGACGGCGGUCACGAUGACAAAUCAUUGCGGUAGCAGUGGGCAGAACGAAGCGAUAGAGAGCCUGAACGGCGAUGAGAUCUGGUUUGGCCACAACAAUGGUGAGGUGGACAUGCUACUAGGCACUCAAAAGGGCUGGCUGCGUCACGUGCGUAUCGAAACACCGGUGAUACCAUACGCUAUGUGCGGCAUAGACGGUUACAUCUGGAUCGGCGACAAUGCCGGUCAGAUACACGUUUAUCUGUGCGGCAACUUCGGCUGCGUGGCCAGUUACAGCCUAGAGGCAGAUCACAGCAGGGAGUCCAAAGUAGUCGGACUGAUCCAUCUGGAACAGCUGAAACAGUUCGCCGUGGCCCUGCAUAGCGGUCGGAUCUUUCUGUUAUCCAACUCGUUCAUGCAGAUGAAGAAGACAGAAAUCACCGGCAGCAGCGGUGGCACAGAAACGACACGCAACGGCACUGAUAUCAAGACCUAUUCGCUUGCCGCGGUCUGCCGGAAGAGACGCGUGCUGGAGCUCUGGACCGGUCAGAGCUACGGCCGGAUAUCCGUUUACACGCUCAAGGAUGGUAACUUGGCUGACACCGCGCAGUUGUCUCACUGCACUGGAAUCAUCAACGAUGCCGCAAUGAAGAAUCUCUUCGCCACUUAUCUAAUUGGCGCGGCGACCGAGAGCUUUGUCUUUUCGUAUACAUAUCCCGGCUGCGUAGUAUAUCAAUGGGACGUAGACAGCCGACAGAUCGUCAACAAGCUCGACAUGUCCAAGCUGGUGCCGUGUUCCGAGAGCCUCAAGUCCAUCGCCAUAGAAGAAAACUUGUCGACAGAAAAGUGUCAAGUCACCGCGCUCGAGGCCAGCAGUGGUCAACUAUAUAUCGGCACUACCUGGGGCUGUAUUGUCGUCGCCGAAUGCGGCACUUUACGUCCCAUCACCGUGUUCCGACCAUUCGAGGGCAAGGUCUGCCAGAUUGUAUCUCUCAAAUCCGCAGACAAGAAGAAAAUAGUAUUGGCGACCGUCGGCCAGGGAUAUCGCAGUUUGAUCGCGCGAUACACCGACUUCCCACUGAAGACCCUGGAAAACGAAGAACUCAGACACGGCAUGUAUACUCUGCUAUGGCGGUCGGAAAACUGGUCGGCAGCUUGAUUCCCGCGAAAAUCUUAAAGUCCGUACGUUCAGUGACUGUUUCUCAGCAUUAUAUGCGAUCUUGUAGACGCAUAUAAUGACUUCGUCUUACAAGAAGAUACAUAAACGAGAUUAUCGUUGAAUGUACGAUGAGAAAAUGGACCUGAUUCGAUCCAGCCUGUAGGAGGAAAUUUUCAUUCGUAACGAGAUCUAUAUAGUGCCAAAAUGUUGCAUGGUCCGGUGUGAUGAAAUCUCAAAGAUGAAAUUCGUUGUGAUAGGAUCGCAGGAUUCUCCCUCCUCUUUGGCCAGUAUAAUACUGGAAACGCUUAAGUGGUGCGAAAUUUAAUUGAGCGACGUUUGAGCUCGGUGAAUCUUAUACGUCCACUAUUAUAGUAUUUAACACCCAAAGGAUGCUGAUUGAAAAUAAGCGUGCUUGACGCUCGGGAAAGAAAUUAUAGAAAAUUAAAAAAGGGAAUAACAUUGCAAAUCUCACAUCACUCAGUUUUCCUCGCAAGUACGCUUAUUAAUGAAUGUCCUGUAUAAUGCAUCACAGGCUGUAAAUGAAUAUUCUUUCGUUCGUCCAAGUCACAGAAUUUCCGAGUAUAAGAGAAACAUUACUUAUUUUAUAUAAAAUUAAAUUCUAAGAGAAUAGUCUAAAUUUUAAAGUAUUAAAGUAUUAAAGUACUUUAAGAUAUUUUAAAGUACGUUCUCGCUUGCAUAAUAUAAUCGGACUCUACGAGAGAGUGAUGCUAUUUGUGUAUUUAUAUAACUCAUAAAAGAGAAGGAAUGAUUCUGGCGUGUUAAUACAAUUUGUUUCGUCACUGCGAGAUGAAAAAAAAUGGGAUGAAAGAGGGAAAACAUUUUUCUUAACUGAUAUUAACUGAGCUGUUUCAGAUAUUAAAGAGCUAUUUUUAGCACAUCAAUUACCUUUUAUAAUAUCGUUAAUGUUAAGAUUUCGAUAAGUUUUAUUGCUGAUAUUGAGAUCUCAUAAAUCUCAAACCGAUAGAAAUAUAAUUUUUAGAUUGUACUCAUGUAUCUCUUUCUCUCUCUACGAUUCAGUUAGAUCACGUCCAAAUUAAUAUCUUAUAAGUUGUACUGCAAGAUUUGCAGAGACUAAGUCUAAGAUCGAAGGUUGUGGGACAUGUUGUAUAACAUAUAAAAGUAUAUUGACAUUAAUUUACUGUAAUACUAAGGAGAUAAAAAACCACAUAUAUACGUAAACAUGUUAGAAGUAUUUUUGCUCAAUUAAAUUAUUAAAUUUUGACACUUGAUGAUUUAAUUAUAGGGACACGAUCAGUUUAUCCCAAACGUAAUCGAUGUGAUACGAAAUACUCAGCGAAAAAAA